UUAAAAUGUCGACACCGUACUCAUCUGGCGGGCUCUCAAAGCUCAAGAAAAAACACUUUCGUGUUAAGCAUCAAAAGGUCAAGCUUUUUCGUGCCAACGAGCCACUCCUAAGUGUUUUUAUAGAAAACAUGCCGUCGCACUUUAAGAUUAAAGAAUACUGUCCAUUGGUAUUCAGAAAUUUGCGCGAGAGAUUUGGAAUCGAUGAUGUCGAUUACAAGGAAUCAAUGACUAGAUGUCGUGUGUUUAAUCCGUCGCGACGUACGGGUCGAUUGAAAAAACGAGAAAAUCCAGGUGAAAAUGUAAAUAGGCCAAUGAGUGCAAAUGCGAAGAUCCAUCAAUUGGUACAACGAUCGGCAACAGCUCCUACUAUAACAGUACCGUCUUCGUCAGCAAAUUCAACAAACGCGCAUACACAAUUACCCCAUAUCAAUAAGCCACAACGUACCUACAGUUUUAAACCAAAGCGUCUGAGAUCCCAGCCUACAUUAGAUGACUCGUCUGGAAAAAGCGGCGCUAAGUUUUAUCAAUCUUACGACAAAUUAUUUAUCAUAAAAACGUUGACAAGCGAAGAAGUCGAGAGAAUGCAUUCAUUUUUGAAACAUUAUCACCCGUAUAUUGUAGAAAGACACGGAAAGACUUUAUUACCCCAGUAUUUAGGAAUGUAUCGAUUGACAGUCGACGGUGUGGAGCACUAUGUGGUCGCAAUAAGGAAUGUCUUUUCAAAUCAUUUGACAACGCACAAAAAAUUCGACCUCAAAGGGUCAACUGUUGACCGCGAAGCGUCUGAUAAGGAAAAGGAGAAAGAAUUGCCGACAUAUAAGGACAAUGAUUUUGUUAAAGAGGGGAUGAAAAUUUAUAUUGGCGAGGAGGCCAAGACUAAAUUGAUUGAAACAUUAACUGCUGAUGUUGAUUUUCUAACAAGAUUACAUUUGAUGGAUUAUUCAUUGCUGCUGGGAUUACAUGACUGCGCAAGGGCCGAGCAGGAAAAUCGCGAGCGUGCUGAGCGUGGUGAGGAUGAGGAUAACCAUGAAGAUGAAGAAGACAGCGAGUCUGGCAGCGGAGUUGAAUCGCGAGGACCUAAUGCUGAUCGCAAUUGGGGCUGGAGUGGAGUCGCAGCAAUGACAACGCCUCCGGAGUCACCUCACGCUGGAUUAAUGAGAGAGAUGAGUCUUCAAAAACAAGCGGCCAAAGCAGCUAAAACAGUUAAGUACGGUUCUAACGUCGACGGAAUAUCGACCUGUGAUCCAGAACAAUACGGCAAAAGAUUUAUUGAAUUUAUGAGUAAGGCUAUCGAA